CUCUACUUUUGAUCUAUAAAUACAGGGGCCUCACUGUCUUGUCCCAUCACCAGCCAUACCAACACAAGUAGAACCAUUUAGAAACACAAAUCAAGGCCGGCAAAGAGACCUCUGCAGCAAUGGCGACCAAGAUCUACAUCGUGUACUACUCGACCUAUGGCCACGUCGCGACGCUGGCGGACGAGAUCAAGAAGGGCGCCGACACCGUCGACGACGUCGAGGUCACCAUAUGGCGGGUGCCGGAGACGCUGUCGGAGGAGGUGCUGGGGAAGAUGUACGCUGCGCCGAAGCGUGAGGACCACCCCGUCAUCACGGCAAGCCAGCUAGCCGAGGCCGACGGCAUCCUGUUCGGCUUCCCGACCCGGUUCGGCAUGAUGGCGGCGCAGAUGAAGGCCUUCUUCGACACCACCGGCGGCCUCUGGCAGUCCGGUGCCCUCGCCGGCAAGCCCGCGGGCGUCUUCUUCGCCACGGGCACCCAGGGCGGCGGCCAGGAGACCACGGCUCUCACGGCCGUCACGCAGCUCACGCACCACGGCAUGCUGUUCGUGCCGGUCGGGUACACGCACGGCGCCGGCAUGUUUGCCAUGGACGAGGUCAAGGGCGGCAGCCCGUACGGUGCCGGCACCUUCGCUGGCGCAGACGGCAGCAGGCUGCCCAGCGAAGCUGAGCUCGCCUUGGCGGCGCAUCAGGGGAAGUACUUCGCCGGCAUUGCCAAGAAGCUCAAGUCCUAAUCACCAGCUGUCCCAUGAUUCAUAGCACCAAGCCACCAAUUUACACAACAAUUGGUACGAUCCAGAUCCGGUGCUGUUUCUCACACAUCAUAUCCACUGGAGCAAGAUUUACACAGUUGUAUAACAAUUAAACUGUACUGCAUUUACUUUCUCGAUUGGAAAAAUAAUA